AUGCCUCGUGUACGCAAGGGUGCUGCUAGAGCACAACAACGGAAAAGAAUUCUUCGUCAAGCACGCGGUUACUUUGGCAGCAAGUCGCGCCACAAGUACCAAGCAAAGAUCGCUGUCCGCCGUGCGGGCUGCUACGCGUACCGCGACCGUCGCGCACGCAAGCGUGAGAUGCGUGCUCUCUGGAUCACUCGUAUCACCGCGGCAUGCAAGAUGCGUGGCACGCGUUACUCGCUGUUCAUCAACGGGCUCAAGAUGUCAGGCAAUAACCUGAAUCGCAAGAUGCUCUCGCAGAUCGCGAUCGAGGAUCCGAAACUCUUUGAUCGUCUCGUUGAGCAAGCGACCGCGGCAUCCAAAGCGGAGAUACGCGACAUGGCGGGAUGGUGGCUGUCAGAUCUUUGGUCGAGCCCGAAUGGGCAGGUCAUGGUUGUGUCAUGGCUGGUCUGGGUUAUCGUCUCCAUCACACUCCAUGAACUCGCUCAUGGCUGGACUGCAGUCAAGCUUGGUGACGACACGCCGAUCCGAAGCGGUCAUAUGACCUGGAAUCCAAUGGUUCACAUGGGUCCUUACUCAUUGAUCGUGUUGCUGCUGUUGGGUAUUGCAUGGGGCGCCAUGCCGGUGGAUCCGAGUCGAUUGCGGGGCAAACAUGCGGACACACUUGUGACCAUUGCUGGACCGCUGAUGAACUUAGCGCUGGGAUUGAUCACGCUAUUCCUGCUGAUCUUCUGGUUGCCACUGGCCGAGGGGCAGAUCAUUUCCGCUGCAAACAUCCAGGAUCCCCUCAAAUCCAAUCUUCAGAUUUUCCUCGGCACAGGUGCACUCUUGAACUUUGUGUUGAUGUUGUUCAAUCUGCUCCCUGUUCCCCCGCUCGAUGGUGGACGGAUCUUAAUGAACCUCUGGAAGCCGUUCCGUAAUCUGAUGCUGUCAGAGAAUGGGCAGUGGUUCGGAUUCGGUAUCUUCAUUCUCUUCUUUGUGUUCGGCGCAGACAUUCUUUUUGGUUUGUCCAACGCGUUUGUCUUCGGGAUCACCGAUGAGAGUCCAAUGAAGUAUGUGAUCAUCAUCCCUGAUGGCGGAGCGGACAAGCCGCUUGAGGAGCUUGGUGGAUUGACUCCGUUUGAAUCUGCGGAGAUGCCCAAUCUCGAUCGAUUAGCAAAGAUGGGACGCGUGGGCACGGCGAAGACCACACCCAAAGGCUUCGGGGCAGGCUCUGAUGUCUGCACAAUGGAUCUGCUUGGGUAUGACCCCGGCAAGUAUCACACCGGCAGAGCGCCGCUCGAAGCUGCGGCAAUCGACGUAGAGUCCGGCGAGAGUGAUUGGAUCUUCAGGCUCAAUCUGGUGACUGUAGGAGAAGAAGGCACGGAUCAAGCCGGACUGAUUCUUGACCAUUCCGCUGGUGGUAUUCCAGAUUCUGAGGCACGCGUGCUUCUUGAAGGACUGUCCGCGUUUUGGACUGAGCAAGUUCCUGAACUCGCGAAGGACUUCGUGCUCACUCCUGGGGUGAGUUAUCGAUCAAUCCUCGUGGAUCGUUCGGAUCGUGCGUAUUCGAGUGUUGAAUGCACUCCUCCGCACGAGAUUCCGGAUCGUCCUUGGGAGCCGGCGCUCCCGAAUGGAGGGAUGAGGAAUGAAGGGGCUGUGCUGAGCACACUGAUCAAGCUCUCGCAUGAGUACCUCAAAGAUCACGAGGUCAAUCUCGCUCGAGUUGAGCAAGGAUUGCGUCCGGCGAACUGUGCAUGGAUCUGGGGGCAGGGGACCAAACCAGUUCUGCCGAGCUUUGAAUCCAGGUUUGGCCUAAUAGGAGGAAUGAUCACCUCGGUGGAUCUGCUCGCAGGGAUUGCCAAGUUGAUCGGAUGGGAUCUGAUCGAAUGUCCGGGCUUGACGAGCUAUCACGACACGGAUUACACGAUGCAGGGGAAGGUGACCAUCGAUUCCCUCAAUAAAUACGACAUCGUUUGUUGUCAUGUGGAAGCUCCAGACGAGGCUUCGCAUCAAGCGGACUUUGUCACGAAAGUUGCAUCACUCGAAGCGAUUGAUCGCGAGAUCAUUGGGCCUGUGAUGGAUGCGAUUGUGCGAUACGGCGAUCCCGACACCGAUCCAAACGCUCAGGGCUGGAGAGUGCUCGUCAUGCCUGAUCACUACACGCUGUGCUCAACACGAAAGCACGACGCGACUCCUGUGCCAUUCGCAAUGGCGGGGGCUUGGGUGCGUUCCGUCGUCCCACGGGUACUCACGGAAAAGGAAGCGGAGCAGGCUGAUCUCCAUAUCGAUCCGGGCUCGGACUUGAUGGAGUAUUUCCUUCACUCAGGAUUGGUGCGUCAAGAUACUCAAUAG